AUGUCGAGUUUCUUCCAGUUCACCCAAGGCACAGAGUCGCGCACGCGCCCAACCGACACGUCGCCUCUGCUCGGCCGCUACCGUGCCGUCCCUCCUCGCCCGGGCUUGGGCCUGGGGCUCGACAAGCAUCGCCGUCACAGUCAGCUGGGCUUGCUGGCCGACCAACUCGGGCCCGGCCGCGGAAGCGUACACGUCGGAUACGGCGCGCUGCUGGCCGCCGAGCUCGAGGCCGAGGCGAACGAUGAGGACGACGACGGAGCCGGCGGCGACGGCGGCGAAGCCUUCGAGGGGAGAUCGCUCUGCCGCCGGCUGUGGCGGCGGUGGGCGCUGGACCUCUGGGUCCACCCGAAGCAGACGGCCGUCAAGAGGGUAGUUGACCGGUGGUGGAGUCGAUACGGCCUCUUGGUUUUCUUGCCUGCGAUCCUGGCUGUCGCUUGGUGUGCCGUUCCUUUCCCGCAGUAUGUGCUGCCGGACGAUGACGAUCUGGACGAUCACAAGACGCCCGGCCACGGAGCGGCCCGGGUUCAGGUCAACUUUUGGUUCUUCCUCUUCGUCUACUACGGCUUCUACAACCUGACGGCUCUGGUUUGGAUCACAAAGGUCUUCAACCUCUACAGCUUGAACUGGUGGCCGCCGUCCCUGGGAUUCCCCCUCACCGUCUCUCUCAUUGCCGUCGUGUCCCUCGCCGUGCCGAUCCCCGUCUACUUUACCGCCGACACGCGCGAGCUCACGGUCCACAACACGGCGUGGAUCUCGUGGACCUUCAUCAUCAUGGCCUUGCCCGUCGCCAUCGCCUUCGUCAUCCUCAUGACCAACAAGCGACACGUGGGCUUGCGCCACUCGCUGUCCGAGACGCAGCGCAUCUUCACGACCUCGUGGUGGACGGGCGAGUCGGACGCUCUCCCGAGCCGAGACCGUCGGCGACGGCAAGCCUCCUUCGGCGGCCCGGAGUCCCGGCUGCUGCUGCUGCACGCCGACGCGGCCGGUCGGCGAUCGCAGGGCGUAUCCCUGCAGCGCACCUGGCUUCCCGCGAGCUUCGUCCGCUUCCUGUGGUUUUGCGUUGCCCUCUUCGUCGGCCUCAUGGCCUACGUCAUCGGGGAGGCCUACGCCGAGAUAUACCUGCGCACGCUGCCGCACAACAACCUGGAAACGGUGGUGUACGUGUACGGGUGGGUCGUGACGGUCCAUCUGCUCGAUGCCCUGACGGGCUGGGUCCUGGGCAUCCGCGAGGGCGAGCGAGUCGGGAGCUACCCGCUGAGCUGGGUCUUCAAGCUCUACUUCAUGUUGACCUACCAGACGUACGUCCGUGCUCUGUACGCCCGCCUUCGGUCGCCCUCCCAGUUCGUCAUCCUUCAGGUCCUGUCGUCGACGAGCCUCGUGAUACUCACGCCCCUCAUGAUGACGCGCCUCUUCCACAAGGUAAUCACCAUCCUGGGCCUGAACACGCAAAGCUACGAGUCGUACCAGAAGCUGCAGACGCGGAACGUCUUCAUCCGCUUCCUCGCCGAGAACGCGUCCAUGGCGACGUUCCUCGGCAGCAUACUCGUGCUGCACUACGGCGCCAACAAGGACGUGUACCCCUACUUUGCCUUUGACGAUGCCGGGGAGCCGUACGACUUCCGGCUGACGCUCGGCGCCUCGUCGGUGACGUGGGCGUGCGAGCUGGUGGCCAGCCUCGCCGUCCGGGGGCUCAUCCGGUACUGCUUUGCCGUCGACGUCGGGCUCGAGGGCAAGCUCGACAUGGCCGUGUGGCCGGAGCUUCUGCCGACGUGCGUGACGGUGAUGCUCCAUGUGCUGCAGAACAUGCUCUUUUCCAUCAUUCGGCUUCAGUUUCACGAGUGA